UUUUGUUUGAUAUUCGUGUUUUUUGUUUUGGAGAAAGUGAAUUUUCUAGCCUAAAGGAAUCCUUUCUCCCAUUUUCCCUUCUUCCAUUUCCAGACUCCAAACAGAGCAAACAAAGGAGGGAAAUCUCCUGCAUGCCUAAGUUUUUGCAAACCAGGAAUUUGUGAAAACUUUCAUUAAAUGGGGAGGAAUUUGACUGCCAGUGCUUCAUCAGAAACUCCCCAGCCAGAUUGAUUUGGAGGGUUUUAGAACCACAAGGGAGGAUUUUAAAUUUUCUGUGUUGUGGCUACUGCUAAAAGUCAAAUGGAACUACUCAUUGUUCUGCCUGUGGUGACAGGCUGGCUGCUAAAGACAUUCAGUGCAAAUCGUUCAAGGUAUUCCAGUGUGCAAGUUUGCACUUGGCAACCUUAAACUCCUCAUUACUCUGCUUUUGUGAGGUCCUUCUGCAAUUCCUCAUGGUCUUCAUUAAGGCUGGGGCUCUUUUUCAUGCUACAGAUAAGACCAUCAGGCUGCUGGCAGUCCCUCUUCCCUUCCUUCUGCCCACAGCGUUGGGCUUCUGUUUUUUCCCACACACUGGUGGUCAUCUGGCAAAAAGUAACUCUACAGAAAAGCAGGCAGUUUGUGGCCUGCAGGCAGUUCAUGAGAGGGAUGCACAGCAAGAUGGUCUCUGUCAGCAAUAGACUGCAUUUAGAGUAGUUGGGCCAUAUCUUAUAAAAGCACACCUUAACUUGCAAGGACCUAAAUAUGUUGGUGUUCACUUCCAAUUCUAGUGUACCAUCAUUCAAUCUUUUCUCUAGGUCGUAGAUAACCAUAUAAAAAGUAUGCAAUUCCUCUUCACUUCCUCGUCUUUUGCCUUUAUGAAACCUGAUAACUUCAUUUCCUCUGUCUUUUUUCCCCUCAUCUGGAAUCUCUUCUCUUUUUAUCUGACAUCAGCAGUUCUUGCGUUAAUGCAUAAUAAGAAAGAAAACCUAGAACCUACUGAUCACAACUGAGCAUUUGACCUCAAAGUAUUAGGAGAAAAGACUACCAAGAACCCUCAAGAUCAAUGUUCUGUUUAAAAAGACAGUUCCCUGAAAUAAUCUAAGAAAGGAGAUUUAAUCUUUCUUUGAUGUUGAAAGGAAAAAGUACUAAUUUCAUGCAGAAAAGAUUGUAUCUUAGGCUGGUGUAAGAAUAGAAAAUAAAUAGGUAUUAAAUUACAUUCAGCUGUCUCAGAAUAAUCUAAUAAAGAAUCUGUUGGAUCAAUAGCAGAGUCAUUAUCCAGGGCACAUAGCAAGCUUCGCUUUUUUAAUUUGAGAUGCAAGAAGGAUUUUUUGCAUUACCAUAAUAAAUAGAGGAUUAAUACUAUAAGUCUUCGUAGGAAAAAGGCAGAAGUAGGAAGCAAGAAGAAGCAUGCUUUAUCCCUUAAGCAAGUGUCAUUUUUCAUUUGAAACAUGUAAUUUAAAGAUAUUGUGAAAUAGAGUUUUUAUAUUUAAAGACAAUCUAUCUUUGCCGAGAUGUUUGAGAAAAUAAUAAGGGAGAGUCUGUUGGAGAAGAGUUUGUGUGCAGGAAGAGGGGAAGGGCAAAACAAGGCUUCCAACAGCUUUAUGUUCUUCUAAUUAAGGCUCACUGGAAGAAAAAAAAAAAGAUGGAACAGCUAUCCAUUGAAAAAUGCAGUCUCAUCAGAAGAAAAAUGAGAUCUGCCUGGUUAGCUGCUGUUCACUGUUGCAGCCUGCAGAACUGCAAACAAAACCCAUGUAGGCUGAAGCUGCAAUUGCAUGCACUCCAUCACAAAUAAAGCAGCAAUAACAGUAAUGUGUUAUCAGCAUUAGUUUGUUUCAAAUAUCGCGAAAAGGUUAAAUUUAUCAAAUAAUUUAAUAAAUGUAGAGGAAAAUAUGGUCUUGGAGGUCAGAGUAGGAAAAAAACAGACUAAAGAGUAUAGAUCUACGUAAAGCAGUGGGACUUAAAGCAAGUGGAGGGAUCUCCGAAGUGGUAUUUAAGAACAUGAUAGAGGAUGAGGUUAUCCCAGAGGACUGGAAAAGAGCAAAAAGUUCCCCUUUCUUUCUCUUCUUUCCCUGCUUGAUUGUAUGGAAAAUUUCAGACCAAUUAGCAUAGGCCUGGCCCCUGAAAGAGGGAGUAAGAGAAAUGCCAGGACAACCUACAAGCAUUUUGGGGAUGGAGGAUGAUAACUAAUCAAAAGAGACUUUUCAAGAGAAAACUGUAUCUGAACAAUCUGACUAAGCUCUUUUACAGGGUAACUUGCUUGACAGGGAAGAGGUGGUAAGUUGUACCUUGAUUUUCAUAUCAACUUCCAUAAAGAUUUUGGCUCUGUUCUCCAAGGCAGAUGGAGUGCUCAUGAACUCAAAAGGUAUGCAGUCCCCUUUUUGGAAAGUCACUGUCAAAGAGGAGGUAUCAGUGGUCGCUGUCAAUCUGGGGAAGCAUUUCAAAUGGCAGUUUUUUUUUCCUGGAAUCAGCUUCUCUGUAAUAUAUUCAUUAAUGCAGCAUUAUGGAAUAGGGAGUACAAUUAUAAUAUGUGCCCAGGGCACCAAACUGGGAAGAGAGACAAACACUUUAGAGGACUGGAUUAGAAUUCAAAAUUAUUAUGAUAAAUGGGAGAAAUGCAAAGCUGAAGAAUGGAAGGGGAAGUCAAAUACACCAAAACAAAGCAAUCAGGAACCAGCUAUACAGCACUGCAGACAUUGUGGUAAUUAUGGUUAACUCCUCCAGAAUUUGAGCCAGCAAAUGCUUUGCUGUUGAAAAAUCUCAUUCUACAACAUGUCAAUAGAAGUGUCCUAUGUAAAAUGGAAGUGAGAAAGAGAAUUACUAUGCUCUUAAAUGCUGGUGAGUUCUCUGCUUGGAUACAGGUUCCAGUUUUGGACACUGAGAUUUGGAAGAGAUGUGAGUGAAUUGGAAGGAGUCCAGAAAGGAGCAACAAAGAGCCCUGGGAAGUUUGGCAAAUGUGCCUUAGAGCAAUGAUUGAAAGGGUUAGUUUAGAGACUCUGUGACAGGAAAAGAGAAGUCUUGACAUAGAUGAGAGUGUUUUAAAGAGGACAGACUUUAAUUCUUCACCAGAUCCACUGAGGCUAGAAGAAGUAAUCAACUUAAUUUGAAAUGAAAAAGAUUUAGCUUAGACAUGCUUUUUAACAGGAAGGGUGAACAAGCUGCAGAUCGUAUGGCUGUGGAGGUUCCAGCACUGCCACCGCUGGAGUGUUGCUACUCCCUUUCCCAAGGCAAUGGGCUUGUGCAGUUGUUUUUUGUGCCUCUGGGUCUUUUUGUCCCCUUGAUAACUUUUGGCCUUGACAACCAGUUUAAACCACAUGGGAAAGAAGGGUAAGGUUUCAAUUUUGACUUUUGAGAGUAGGUAGUGGGAUAAAAGUGUCUGUCUGUUAACAAAGCUGCAGUGAGAAGUCAUCACCUAAUUAUCAGAGAAUUAAGACCUGGAACAGAAAAGAGGCAAAGAGCAAGUGAAGUGAGAGAAGGAGACUUUGUAAAUAGCUUUGCCAUGGGGUAAUGUAACUCAGGACUUGCUUCUUUGUAGAUACUGGUGAACGAAGCCCAAGGCAGAAACCUCAAGCCGCCUUCAUUUUGAUUCUUGUAAAACAAACCCCAAAUCCCUUGCCAGGCUGCAUGAGCUGAACCUACAGCCAGCCAGAUGCUUCCUGGAGCAGAAAAGUCUGCAUUUUCAUUUAUUUUGAUUUCAAUUUUUGAGUGCCCAAUCAAGAGGCACUUCAGAGCAGCUUUGUUUGCAGGGCAUGGGCUCUUUAGUUCUGUUUUGCUUUUUAAACAAGUCCAGUUUCAGAGGGUUUCAACAGGUCUCCCUGAAACAGAAGAAUUUCCAGUAAACUUUUGAAAAUGUUAUGUCCUGCAGGUCUUCGUGAGCGAUGGGUGAGAAGGGAAAUGAACUAGUCUCCUCUGGUAGGAAGUAAAAAGUCCAGUUGCAGAGGGCUGUUGUAGUUCAGGGAUGGAGAUCUGUGUUGGGAUCCUCCCACCAGCUUCCUCUUUCUGUUUUACAGUCAGUUAGUUCCUUAUUUCUUUGGAGCCUUUGCUUGAUUGUCUCUCCAAAUUCCUUUCUAGUUUACUGAUUUGCAUUGUAUUUUCUGUUCAUUGCAGUUCUCCCUGUUGGCUUUAGUAGGGUUAAAUUUUUAUUUUCUGGCUGCUUAAUGCUAAAGUUAUUGUGGGACUAUUAAUAGGUGAGGCAGGAAUGUUACAGACUUGUCUUAGCGCUCCAGAAACCCUGAUAUAAAGGCAUCAAUGUGAAGUCUGGGAUAUGAUAUGCAGUUUGUUUCCCAUCUAGAAUCUAAAAAAAAUGUUUUUUUUAAUUGAAAUAUAUUAAUCACUGAUGAAUGUUUUAUAAACUAGCUGCAAAAUGGAAUUUUGUAUGCCUUGAGGUUACAGAGUGUCUGUUUGGAUUGAGAAGAUAUCUGGUAGGAACUCUCCUGCCUAACAAAAGCAUCAAGGUUAUGCCCCAAAUAAGAUGCCCAGAAAAUCAAUACUUGCCAAAGAUUUCUAAGCAUGUGAUUUGAAAAAAGCUGAAGUCAGGAAGAACUGGGGCUAUGAGACCUUGACUCCACAUAACUCUGCUUGCAGAUCCACCAUCUCCUUUGGACCAGCAUCAGCACUUGUCUGAUCCUGAGGUUAGGAAGUUCAGGGAGUUGGUUUGGUGGAAAACUACCUCAGAAGAACAGCUGGAAAACCUUGCCUUUGACUUAGAUUGGCUUAAGCUGCUGUGGAGCUUUAUCCUAAAUUUCUUAGAUAGGCAUGAAAUAGGUGCUUUGGAAAUUUUCACAGGAAAAGCCUGUUUUACCUAAAUUACUUUCUCACCACCCCAAUAAGAGGCCUAACUGAAAUGUGCUGUGUAUCCUUCUGAAAGCUCUUGAAGGUAUGUGUUUUGGAAGGAGUCUCUUGCCAGGUGGAUCUGCUUAGCAUCAGCAUAGCAGUCUGAAUAAGGCAGGUGGGAUCCUACUUUCUGAACCUUGCCAUUGAACAUGUCUUCUCCUGCCAGAGUGUGCAUGUUUUCUGGCAUCUAUUACUGUUUCUCAAAUGACCUCCAUUAGGAUACUAGAGAUUUAAUGAUGUAUGACUUUUUUUGUGCUUUGGAACCUUUUAAACUUGGAAUUACCUCUUUUUUCUUUUCUUUUUUUUUCUUUUUCUUUUUUUUUCUUUUUGCAGCUUCUCAUCCCAGGAUAGCAGGAUUUUUCUGUUUGUGUUGAUGCCAAGAUCAGUUCAUACAUGCACUUCUUGCUAAGCAAAAGGUCUAUGAUGUAUGCAUUGCAGGCAGUUAGGAGAAUCUCUUUCAAGAUUAUUACUCCCACAGAGUUUUUUGCCUUACUGUUUUUGCAGUAGCCAACAGUGGUCUUUGUAAGCACUUUGGUCACUAUAUUCUUUCUCUAUCAAGAUCCUUGAAUUGGCAAAAAGAAGAGGAAAUGAAGCCAAACCUUUUGAUGAAGAGCAUUUGCAAAAGAACCUAAAGCUUUGCAUGCCCCUUUUUGGGUGGAGAGGUGGGCUGGGCCUUGAGCUGGUGACAACAGCAAGAAGAUUAUCUGAUUUUUCUCAAUACUUGGAUGAUAUUACUGUGUGAGUUGCCAGUUUCCAGUGUAACAGAAUCCCAUGUGGGAAAGUGGUUUUGAAGUCAAUUCUGUUCCCCAUGCAGCCAUGUGAUUUAGUUAACACAUUACUCAGCAAUGUCUGGAGUAAACAGAAUUGCAGAAAUUCAGGCCUCGGAGAUAAGGGCAUUUUCUCCAGAGGGUCUACAUAGGAAGUGCAAUGAAGCUGUUCUUUUUUUAACUGUUCAGUGAGGCAUCCGAUUUACUCGGUUCUUAGCUUUGUGGAUCCUCAAGCUUUCGACAGUCCUGAAACCAUGAUUCCACACAGUUUAAAAUGAAUGUUCUCUCCUAUGCUGUCUCUCAGUCUUAUCACUUCAUACGAAAGAAAUCUGAGUCACUUCCCCCAACACAGGAAACUGCAAGAGUGACAGUUCUGGGGGUGCCCAUCUGACUGUGUACCCAAUUCUGCCUCUUUUCUUUGGGAUACAGCAGUUAGGAAAUUUGCACCUACCCUUUGUAUCAGGGCAGCCUCCUCUUUCUGAGGAGGGCUAAGGUUCCCACCUUGUCCUGUCUCCGACUGUGCAUUUCCACGACCAUUUACUAAAUAUAAUGUGACUCAUUCUCAGCCUUGAGACCUUUGUUUAUAUCUUCUGAUUUCUACAGCGCCAUCACUGAUGUUUGGCUUUGACUAAUAUAUUCGGGGAGAUUGAUCUGAUGCAACCUUGGGAUUUGCACACGGUGAAUCCUGCUGGGCUGUUUGAGGAGGACAGCCUGCUGACUGCCACUGUUCAGCCCAUGCUACCUCUUCAAGGCCUGCAGAGUCUGGCUCCAGCUCUGGACCCCACACUCUAAAAGAUGUGUCUGACUCCUGCAGCUGGAUCUCCUCCCUGUUAUUGUGCCAGAUGGGGAAGCACAUUUGAGGAACUCUAGAGGGUUAAAGCCACAGUUCUGAAAUGAGCCUAGGGGAAAAGUCACAUGCAUAAGGGAGAUUUUGCAAGUUGGUGCUUGCAGCUCGGGGUAAUGAAAGCAAGAGGUAGUGUGGGGGCGCCGACUUGUUGCCUUCAGUGAGCUGUGCCUGAUUAGUCAUUUGGCCCUGGGAGAUGUAAGGAGUGAGAGCAGCAUAUUCCAGUACAAGCUACUUCACACAGGUUGGAGCUGCUGGAACAAGAGACCUCCCCCUUCUGUGGUGGGACAGCAGGAGAGCAGCCUCGAACAUUAGCAGAUACAGGACAGUGAGGAAGGAGCAGGGAGCUGGUCAAACUCCCCAGGAGCAGGAGACAAUCUGGAAUAGGUGUGGGCAGUUGAUCUGUGCUACGGAGACCUACGUCAGCAGUGUUUGCCUGGAAAACUCAUGGACGCUGCCUCUCCCAUGGGGCUGUGCCACAUCUGCUUCCGGCACUGUCUGCGACUGAGAAGUGAGAGGCAGAGGUCUAGAAAAUGACUCCCAUGCUCAUGGAAAGUAGAAUCUCAAGGAAGCAAUCAGUGGGAGUGUGAAUGAAGAUUUCACAAUCUCAUCCUGAAGAAGGACAGCAAGCUGCCUGCCUGCUAUCUUGGGUGUGAAUAGGUGUUUCUUUGCAGUGAAAGAAAAGGGAGAUAUAUGAAGUGCUGAAUUUCUGACAAUACAGAGCAGAAUCCCUUAAGGAGAGGCACCCUUCUGCAUGGCCUAUGAAAGUCAAACUGGUGGAAUCCAGAAAAACAGUUCCCUUCCCUCCAUCUUCUAUUGUAAGAGUGAUUCAAAUGAAGGAUCCCUUCAGUGGGCAAAAGGCUGUUUCCUCCCUGGGGAUAGCAGGCCCUUGCAAUGUUCAUAAAAAUGUCGGAGGGGGGAUUCUGGAUCCAUUUAAAACUCCUCAGGAUGAACCCUCCAAUGGCCAGGUCCUCAUGGUACUCAGCAUGGACAAUAACUGCUUGGCCACCUCCUUUGACAUGGAGCUUUGUGCAGAGAAACUGAAGUCCCUUGGGGUCCAGCAGGUGGCAGUGGAUCGGUGGAGCAGGUUAAUUCAGGAUGCUGUUCUGAAGCCUGAAGUGAGGCGGUACAUGUUCUACAACUCCAGGGCCUUCCAAAUAGCCAUUGCUGUGAUUUUCUACAUGUCUCUCUGGACAAAUAUUUACUCCACAGUACAGCUAUAUUCCUUCGGACGCUACUGGGAGGCCAGCGCGCUGGUGACCAUAGCUGCUGUAGCAGUCACGGUAGUCAUGAUAUUGAUUAUCAACUGGCGCCAAAGGAAGAUAAAUGCGAAUACAGAUGUGAGGCUGGCAGCUGUCAAUGAAAUCUUUAUCAAACACAGUUUAAUUCUAGGGAUUACAGACGUCUUUGAUGGGCCGCACAAUGUCCUACAGCUGUGGUUCGUGCACUUCAGCCCAGAGCAGUGCCUCCAGUCCUUGUCAGCCCGCCUCGCAGACCUGCGGAGGACGCGAGAGUCAGACUUGCGGCACAGCCUGGACCAGAUCUGUGUUGUUAUGGAGACAGCAGUUCAGCCUGAUCCUGGAAGAGCAGAGCAGGUCUCAUCUGAAGAAUCCCCUCUUUUAUCCAGUGGAGUGAACUUCAAGAAAGAGCCCAUGACAUGCAAUGAGCUGCUCUGCCUCAUUCCAGAGGGCCCACCGGAGGUGAUGGCCCAGCAGCUGCUGGUGAUCUUCAGUGGCUGCUACGCCCGGCUCCUGGUCAGCGGUCAGCUCCCUCCGGCCUUGGAAGCAGGGCACAUGGAGCACAGGGAAGUGCCCUGUCUGUGCCAGUUCGUAGAGACCAGUGCGCUCAGCACCAGACAGUGCUGGUUCAUGGGCAGGUGACUGGAGGGGGCUGGAGAAAGCUGAAAUAAAAACUAUCCAUGUACGAUGGCGUGAAAAAGCCGUGGGGCAGAGAAAGAGUUGUAAGUGAUCAUCCUGGACUUAUGUGGAUGAAUGAGUGGCAAUGUGACUCCAAUAAAACAUGCAAAUUGCUCAUCAGAAA